UAUUAAUGUCAAGCAGUAUCUACGAUAGUCGACUACUAAGUUGAAUUUAUUAUACUUAUAAUAAGUGCAAAUCUAAGGAUUUGUAUUUUAUCGUUACUAUUCGUGUUUUUUUCUUUAGCUGCACUUUGGUCGAAAUGAAGUUUCUAGUGGCAAUGGCCGUUUAUUGCGUCUUGUCUGCGGCGGCGGUGCACUCGGCACCAACGCCUGGAUUCAUAUCGCCCGUGAUCCUGCCCAAAGUGCACGUGGCGUCACCGGACGUGACGGUCGUCAAACAGCCGUACGUGGUGCAGCAAGCCGAACCGGUGUUCAGACACGUCUACUACGCCGGCGACUCGGUGCCGAUGGCUGCCGUGCCGUACGUGUCGCAUCAUCACGUGCAGACCUACCACCAACAGCCAGCCGUACUCGCCGCCUACCACACGGCACCCGCGUACGCACCUGCAGCCGUCAGCUACGUCGUUUGAGCUUCGGCGUCCGAUUGUCGUCGUCGUCGUCACCGUCACCAUCAUAAUAAUAUUAUUAUAUUACAUAUUAUAUUUCACGCACAUGAUUUGCGUGUCUGAUUCGAUCAACGUGUACCGUAGCUCGCACCUACGUAGUACCWAAUGACGAUGUCCUUGCAUUCGACGACACCGACGAAAAUAUUAUAUAAAAUUAUUAUUUAUUAACAGUGCAGCACCGAUGAUUAUAUUAUAUUCAUGAUAGGCGUUAAUAUAGGUCGUGCCCCGCGCGUGAUGUACGCGAAUAAUAUAAUUAAAUGCGAACAUUUUUUUCAUUUAUAUUUUAUUUACAAAUACAAUAACACAACAAUAAUUUUU